AUGGAGGAUCAUACACAACUUUAUAUUGAUUGGGUAAAUGAACAAUUAGCAGAAAGUAAAGGUGUUUUAAUUAUUAAUUCAUUAGAUGACCUUACUGAUGGAGUUAUAUUAUUACGAUUAGUUGAAAAAUUAACACAUCUUCAUUCUAGAAAUAUUGAACCUCAUCCAAUAACAAAAGAACAAAAACUUAUUAAUAUUAAUGCAGCUUUAAGACUUGCUGAACGUAAGUUUGGUACAUUACAUGGAGUUGAAGUUAGUAAUAUUGCAGAUGGAGAUGAAAAAGUUACAUUAGGUUUUAUAGAAGUAUUAAAAACAUCAUCAGAAGCUGACAGAAAACGAUCACAAACAAUAACAAGACAAACAUUUGUUAAAAAAGAACUCAUUCGUAGUCAAAAUGUUAAAAUGAAUCAUAACGUUAAUUUUACUAUCAAAAAUAUAGAAACAAGUAGAGAUGUAACUAAUGGUGUUAGAAUCUCUGUUGCUAAAAGACCUCAAAUGACAACAUCUACUGGAAAUAUUACUUCGACUCAAAGUAAUAACUCAACUCCAAUUCAUGAAAGAAGAAAUUUCCUUCAACAUAACACUAAAAUAACAAGUUUUCAUGACUUAUCAACUAAUGCCCUACCUCCUGUUCCUUUAAAAUCAUAUCGUCGUAGAAAAGAAGAAAUAAGAAAAAUUAGAGAAGCAAGAAAAUUUACUUCAACUGAUAUAGAAGAAGUUGAAAUUGAUGGAAAACCAGGGACUAAUGUUGGAAUUACUAAAGGAGAUGUUAAAAGAAUUAAUGAAAAAGUAUUUGAAGUUAAAGGGAAAUAUUUUAUUGUUACAGGUGUUAAAGAUGAUGAAAAUGUUAUGGAAGAAUUAAAACUUACACCAAAAGGAUUAAAAGAAUUUGUUACUACUUGUGCACGUCAAAUUCUUACUGAACAAAAAUAUCUUGAUGAUAUAGAAAAAGAAGAUAAAAAGUUUGAACAUUUAGAACAAUUACAAGAUAAUAUUUUUGCUGAAAAAUUAGUAAUCAAAUUACAAUGUUUAAUUCGUGGUCAUUUUGUUAGAAGAACACAAGAAGUCCAAGGAAUGAAAACUAGAAAAUAUACUAUAAAUGAAAUAACAACAAGUGAAGAAACUUAUGUCAAUAACUUGAUCAUUUUAAAAGAUUUUUACUUACAAAAAUUAUUAGACUUUAAUAAAGAUGAAUUAUUAAAAAAUACAAUUAAAGACCUUGAAAUGAUAAUUAAAUAUAAUCAAACAUUAUUAAAUUCAUUAUUACAAUUUAGAAAAGAUAAAAAUAUUUAUGGAGAUGGAUUUGCUAAACAAUUUCUUCAAUUUACAAUGUUUCUUAAAUCAUAUACAACUUAUGUAAAUCAUCAGUCUCAAAUAUCUGAUGACAUUUAUCAAAAAUCUAUUAAAAAUAAAAAUUAUGGAAAUAAACUUAAAGAACUUAGUCUUCAACCAGAAGUUAAAAAUCAAACUAUCGCUAGUUAUUUAAUUCUUCCUGUUCAACGUAUUCCUAGAUAUGAAUUAUUUAUUAAACAAUUAAUAAAAAAUAUGCCAAAUCAUCAUAAAGAACGACAAGAAUUAACUCGUGCAUUAAAAGUUGUUUCUGAUAUUAAUAAACAUUUAAAUGAAACAAGAAGAAAUAAUGAAAAUAUUCAAAGAGUACAAUUUUUAGCAUCAAAGAUUACAUUAAAAAAAAUAGAUCUUGCAGGAGAUAAAUACAGAAGAUUUAUUAUGGGUGGUUUUGUUCGUCUUCAAGGACAUCCUACCAAAUUUAAUUUACAAGAUUUAUUUCCAGAAAAACAACAUUUAAUGUUAUUAUUCUCUGAUAUUGUAUUAUUUAUUCCUGCAACUAAACCAUCUAAAAUAAUUGAAGAUAAUCCUGUUGACACUUUAUUAAAUUCAGGUAAAUUUAAAUGUAGAGAUGUAUUAGAAUUAUUUAGUACUUCAUUAAUUGAUUUUAACACCAAUAGAUUUUUCUUAAUUACUAAAGAAUUAACAUAUUUAAUUGCUUGUGAGUCUAUGGAAGAUAAAUCUAAAUAUAUGAAUGCAAUUAAUGAUUGCUUAGUUUUAAAAUAUUCACCAUUAGUUGCUAGAAGUGCUGAAUUAAUUAAACAAAAUGGAAUAAGUUCUAAUACAUUAAAUCUACAAGAAGUUAUUGAAAAAAAUAAACAAUUAUUAGCUAAACCUGAUUUUGAAGGAGAAGCAACGUAUAGAGAUCUUCAAACAGGAAUAUGGGAACCAUGUUAUUUAAUGUUAAUUGGGUCAAUUCUUUAUAUAUAUAAAAAUACUGUAGAUAUAUUUAAUGGAAUAACUCCUAUAAAAAUGAUUGAUGUAAGUAAUUUUAUUAUUAAAUCACCCAUAGUUUCUGCACGUCCUUCUUCAUUUGAAAUUUCAUUUAGAUAUGAAGUUAAUACAUUUAGUGUAAAAGAUGAUGAAAGUAAAUCAUUAUGGUUAAUUGCUUUAAGAAAUGCAUUUGCAAAAUUUAAUAUAGCAACUGCAGUUUCUAAAGAACAAGCUCUUCCAAUAAUGCCACUUAAAGAACCAUUACCAUUUAUUCCUGAUGACAUUAAAAUGACUGAAGGAUUUAAUUUUGUUCUUAAUCUCUUAAUAAUUCCAGGAAAUAGAAUUUGUGCAGAUUGUUUAUUUAGAGAAGUGUCUUAUGUAGAUUUGGAUUAUGGAGUUUUUGUUUGUGGUCCAUGUUCACGAUCUCAUAUGAAAUUAUCUCAUAAACAAUUAAAGAAAGGGGGUGUUCCUCUUUUAACAUUUAAACAAGUGUAUGAAUAUCCAAUUAAUGAUUUACUUAAAUUACAAGCACUAGGCAAUCUUCGUGCAAAUAGUUUUUAUACUAAAACAUUCUCUUUAAAUCAAAUCCCUUCAAAAGAACAACUCCAAUCAGCAUCUGCUUCUUUCAUGGCACAAUGGAUUGUGAAGAAAUAUCCUUCAAUUCCUGAAAUCAAUGACAUUAUUAAUUAA